AACACCCCACAGAACAACAUUUCACCAACGACUUUCAAAACAGUCAGUUGUAGCGCGCUUAGCACACAAGCAGCAGAAUAUAACCCUCUGAUAUUAUUGUUGUGUACUCAACCGUCAGUCAGUUCUAAACAGAAGGAAAUUCAUAGCGUUUUUCAAUUCUCUCAAAAAGAAUUUGAAGUGAAAAUAGUGUUCUUGAAAAAAGAAAAUCAAUAGCCCUAAAGAAAAGAUUCUUUUAAAAAAAGAUCUUAAAAAAAAGUGAUAUACCAAAAAACUAGCAAUUAAUUCACCAAGUGAAACCUUUAGUGAAAGGAAAAAAUUAGUAUUUUCUAAUUGUUAAAAAAAAGAAACAAAACCAAACUAAGUCAACAUGUCUGCUUCACCCACUGCCCGUCAAGCCAUGAAUGUGCCCCAGAAGACCAAGAGAAUCACCAUUUCCGAUCCCAUUCAAAUGCCGGAAGUCUAUUCAUCAACACCCGGUGGUACCUUGUACUCAACUACUCCUGGUGGCACCAAAUUGAUUUAUGAGCGUACUUUCCUCAAAAAUCUCCGCCAGUCACCUUUGAGUCAAUCACCACCCUCCAAUAUUCCCAGCUGCUUGCUGAAGGGUACCCCCAGAACUCCCUUCCGCAAGUGUGUGCCACCACCAUCGGAUUUGGUGAAGAAGACAGAAUCCAUGAAGAUCGAGGAUCAAGAACAAUUCCAAUUGGAAUUGUAAUUCUCAUAUACAUGAAUAUAUGGGGUAUACAUUUAAGCAUAAAAACAAAAUCCCUGCCAAUUAGUAAAGAAAAGGAAAACCAAAAUUCAUCACAAACUAUGAUCAUCACCAUCACCAAUGGCCCCCGCACCUCUAACAACACCAAAAGGGGGGUCAACAGACUAAUUGUAAUUAAGCCCAGAUGCUUUAAGGAACUAACAAAGAAAGAAACCCCAUGAUAUGGAUUAUUGGUAACCAAUAAUUCCAAAUAAUAACAACCACAUAUAUGCGCCUACUGUUUAACUAUGGAACAUGAACAACCAUCAACUUUGUACUUCGCUAAAAAUUCCAAAACUGUUUUCUCAAUAUUUCUACACAAGGAUAGGUGUAAAUUCCCAUUUAUACCAGUGUUGUGUUCACUACAAAAAAAAAAGCAAAAAAAAAACAGAAAACAGUUUCCUUUUUUCAAAGAAUACAAAAAUACAUAAAAUACACAAAAAUACCAAAAAAAAAAAGUUUUCAAAACUUUUUUUUUGGUAUGCCGUCUCCUUUUGUAGUCAUCAUCAUAUUAAUUAGUUAAUAAGUUUGCGCCGCCUUCCCCAACCAUCCUGAAGAAAACAAAAAGCAUUUAGUUUAAGUUUGUGUUUCUUUUUUAUUUCCUUUUUUUUU